AUCUCUUUUAUCUUGCCUACCCACUUGUUUCUCUCCACAUCUUCAUCAAAUCCGUACAAUUCCACUUAUGUUACUCAUACAAUUUUUUUUCUUUUAUUUUAUUUUUGUUUUUCUGUCCAAGUGGUAUAAAUUAAGAGGGUUAUACGCCAAACUCUCUAUCCAUUGACCAUCAGUACACUCACAGAAUAUAUUUAUAUAUAUAUAUAUAUAUUAACCAUCUUCUUCUUAUUGUGUAACUUGGUAUUUUUGGUUUCAUCGACCGGUUUAUGGCAAUUGCAGGCACCUCAAGUAGUACUACUACAGCUAGUAAUAAUAUGAGCCAAGAGAACGAGUCUUCCAACAACAACGUUGUAAGCAAGGCCAACGAUGAUGACGAUGACCAUGAACACGACGUCGUUAUGCCAGGCUUUCGCUUCCACCCUACCGAAGAAGAACUUGUUGAGUUUUACCUUCGCCGUAAGGUUGAGGGCAAAAGAUUCAAUGUUGAGCUCAUUACUUUCUUAGAUCUUUAUCGCUAUGACCCUUGGGAGCUUCCAGCUUUGGCUGCAAUUGGAGAGAAGGAAUGGUUCUUCUAUGUGCCAAGAGACAGAAAAUAUAGAAACGGCGACCGGCCUAACCGGGUGACAACCUCCGGAUAUUGGAAGGCAACGGGAGCUGACCGAAUGAUCCGAACCGAGAGCUCUCGGUCGAUUGGGUUGAAGAAAACCCUAGUUUUUUAUUCUGGGAAAGCUCCCAAAGGCAUCCGAACCAGUUGGAUUAUGAAUGAGUAUCGCUUGCCUCAACAUGAAACUGAAAGAUAUCAGAAGGCAGAGAUAUCCCUUUGCCGUGUGUACAAGAGACCAGGUGUGGAAGAUCAUCCUUCUCUUCCACGCUCUCUCCCAUCUAGAGCGUCGUCUUCAUCAAGAGCAGCUCACUUAGUAGACAGAAAGCAGCAGCCCGUCAACGCCAUGGAAAAAAUCGGCCAAGCUUUCAUGGGACAGCCAACGGCACUGCCUCAACAAUUUGAGCAAGAAAAUAUGAACGAAACAGACGGAAGCAGCAGUUCCGAUGUUGCAGCAGGAAAUAUUCUUGGAGUCUCUAAACGCAAAGCCAAUUACAGGACUUCAUUAAUGGCUACUCCACUCAUUCACGCCUCCCUCGAACAAACAGUGGCCGCAGCCGCAGCUUCCAACAAUAUCAACGAGGCACAGGCUGCGAUGCUGUCAUCUCAUCUACUGCAGCCUAAGCAAAUCAUGAGUACUUGUCCAAUUAGUUGCUCCCCAAUCUUUCCGGGCUCUUCUUCCUCGGCCGUGGGGGCAGCGAAUUCCAUCGACGACCUUCACAGAUUAGUAAAUUACCAGCAGCAGCAACAACAGCAAUACUAUCAUCAACAAGAGCAGCAGCAGCAGCAGCCUUCCACCAACCAAUUUGGCCAUCCAUUGCAGCUGCCACCGCAGGCGCAGCCACAACUGCCUUCGGCUGCCCUUAAUGCACUGCCUAAUUUCCUUCCAACUACCUUCUCUGACCGGCUGUGGGAGUGGAACCCUUUCCCGGAGCCUAACCGAGACUACUCCAACAACCCCUUCAAGUAAUUAUGAAUCAUGAUGAAUAAUAAUAUAUUUAUAACUGCACAUACAUUAAUUAAUAUACUUAGAGGAACAAAGUAGUUCUGCUUGUGUUACUUCUGAUUAUCAUCAUGAUCUAAGUCAAUUUAGUACUCUACCAAUUAGUUCUAAUGCAGUGUAGGAUCUUGGAUAUAUAUAUAUAUAUAAUAUUAUAAUUAUAUUAAUGUUAAUUUGUUUAGAAUACUAGCUAGGGCUUUUGUAUUGAAUUAUUUUGAUUAUUAGUAAUAUAUGUGACUCGGUAUAACGUUUUUGCUUUUA